AUGUUAAGCCGUACUUUCUGCUAUUUAAGAAGAAAAGGGCGUCGCUUGCCUAAGUCAUUGGCCUCUCUCACGGCACCAAAUCUGAAGCGCUCGUGGCGUAACCUUCACGGCCUGACCGCAGCAGAGAAGGAGGAGAUCGUUCAUGGCUCGUGGCGUCAGGCGAUGCCGGUGCAGCUGGUGAGCGAUGUCGACGACCGCGACCGCGGCGGCUUUGUGGAGCCGCUGUCAUUCCCCUCAGAUGAGGCGGCGGCCGACUUCCUCCACCAAGAAACCGAGGAUGACAAACUUGAACCUCAGAUCCCAACGUUGGAGUUGGCGCAGCAGUUCUUCGAGGAUCUUGCCGCCACCGCUAGCGAGGAAUUGAGUAUGGAAAGCGGCGACGGCGUUUUGUCAGGCAGCGAGGAAGAUACCGAAGUCCCCACGUAUAAAUCCGACGAGACUCGUCGAGGGGAGCAGCUGGAUGCGCAUCGCCAGUUCUUUGUGGACUACUACGUUCAGCAGGGCCUUAUUUCCGAAAUGGAGCGGCAUGCUUUUGUGGCUGCUAUGCUGCGGCCAGCCAUUGCCCUUUUCCAGGUAAAUGGCGAGCGUCCUUUAAGCCGCCUUGUGGUGCGUGAUCAGCUGGAACGUCAUGUGGAGUGUUCCACCGAGAAGGUGUUUCAGCGCACAUAUGACCCGCUGAUCUAUAGUGUUGUGCUGACGCCCACGCAGUUGGAUUGGGAGGAAUCAAGUGCGAUGUGUGUCGCAAGGGGCUCUAUCCCACCCCAAGAAGACGCACCGCCAUUGAUCCCUCCAAAGCAAGCGGACCUGUCGUUGUCAUCGUCAGCCGACGUUGCGGUUUGCAUGAGUUCCCCCCCAUUGGCAGCGGAUGGCGAUAGCGGCGACGCCAAAUCCCCGGAAGACACCACGAGACUGCCUCAAGAGGCGGUCGCCCCCGUCCAUACCCCGGGAGAGGUGGGUAACCUCCCUGGAAACGUGGAAAGGGAAGGAUGGUGUGAUGAUGUGGUCCCUCUUCUUCCCCAACCAACCGUGUUACCUUCCAUUGCGCACCUUCAUUGGCUUCAACGCCAGGUCGCGACGGGGAUUCUCACGAGUGUUGACAUCCUCACACCGAUCCUAUCUCGCGUUGCGGUGGGGUUGGCGUCUGCGACGAGCGACGCGACGAGGAGGGUUGGUGUGGGCGUCGGCCCUCCAUCGAUCAUUUUGGAUAUGUUCGGCGCCAGAACGGCGUCUUCGCGAGUGAAGGGGUCGAUACCACUCGUUAGCAGCUCUUACCAUCGCGACGUCGCCAGUUAUGCGCGGAUGCGAACCCAACCCCUAUCGCCUUCGUCGCCCGCGGUGGUGGCGGCCGAGGAUGUCGAUGAAACGCUUCCGAGGGGCGGGGGGCUGGAUUCGGUGGUGGUGGUCGCGGCGCUCUCGCAGAACCGCCGUCCGAGAGCGACCCACCGCGACGACAAACCCCCCCCUCUCGGCGAGAGCACCCCGCAGGAGGAUGGCUUGAUUACGAAGUCAUCGCACCCUAUUUCCUUAUCUGAUCAGGCACCCAACCUUGCCUUUAUCCAUCCUCCAGAUGAUUUCUCGCGGGUUUUGCCCUGCGCACAACUCCUCCGCUCCUGUCGGGUGGUUCUUUUUACGCCUCCCACCACCGAGGAUGGGGUACGGCCGCGGCUCGAUCUCGGGGCGGAUAUCGCGGAGGGCGGCGAGGCAAAAGCGGCGCCGAACCACUUUAUUGAUCUCUGCCAGCGGGUGAACAGCAACUUCGAGCGCCUUCAGCGGCAACUACGGGCGGCGCUGCGGUAUGUGGAGGUGGGGGGGUGGCUCCUGUAUGCCACGCAUAGCCUGAAUCCGCUCGAGAACGAGGGGGUGGUGUGCGCGUUGUUGACGGCUCUACGCCGGGCUGAUUCGGGUUCGCCAAAGGGAGGGGAGUUGGAUGGCGGUCGGCUGCGUGUGGAGUGCGUGCCCCUGCACGUGGCUGCGGUGGUCCAGGCCGUCGCGGCCGAUGAGCGGGAGGCGUUCACGCGAUGGAUCGGCCUCGGGGAGCGGGGGGUGGCGUCGUGGGUGGCGCUGGAGGGUGCCCCGGCGGAGCAAGAGGUCGCGUGGUGCGAUCCGGCGAUCGUGGCGGAGGUUUCCGCCGCGGCGUGGCGCUCCAAUCCACUUCGCACGGGCUUUGAUGGGGGCUUUGUGAUCCUGCUGAGGGUGUGUGAAGGGUCAAUGCCAAUGCCCUUGCCGGAAUCGCUAUCACCCAGCACAGGAUCCAAGGUGGAAGAGAGGAAAAGAACUAGUCCAGGCUCGGCGACGCAUCUCCCCGGCGAGGGUGGGCAGGAGUUAAAACUAUGGCAACACCCGGCGUCUCGGGAAUUCUUCGCGAUGACCCCUUCACUUGCCGAAUGGUGUGCGUCAUUUACCAAGUCCCCACAACGCGAAGGGAAACCGCAAACUGCCUCGUCAGCACAAACCUGGAAGCUAGCGGUGGCGGGUGUUUCCAUUGGGUGUGCUGUGUCGACGUCGGAUGAGGAGGUAAAAAGGAGGGGUGCGGUGCUUUCAGCUGCUGCCGCAUGGGAUGAACAGGUCGCUGCGUCGCUUAGCAGAAGGCAUGCGCGCGGGUGCCAGGCUGACGUCCCGUAUUGUUAUCCCCUUUGCAUUACGUUACCGAUGUUAUGUGAGCUUUUGCGUCUUGGGAAGCUGACGUCUCGUGAGCUGGAGUACUGGGUUCGUCAGCGUCGGCGAAGACAACCUUCAGAGGAUCCUAAUAUAGAGGCGAAUUGCAUAGCUAAGGAGGAAGAGAUCAAUGCUUUCCUUCACUCAGUUAGAGACCUUCUAGAUGGUUUUCACGAUGACAACUGUACCGCCAAUAACGCAUUGGAGUUGCAAGGGAGCAUGCACCAUAUCGAUGUUCUCCUAUCCCUUUCUCUCCCUCGCCUGAGGAGUGCCGGGGGGGCUGACGUCGAAUACGUGCUGCAUGAGGCCGUCAUGCAGGAGUUAACUGCGGUGGGGGUCGUGGCCACACUAACGUUUUCGAAGCCAAUGUCCUCUAACAGGACCCCAGACAGUGAGGGUGAUGCUUUUUCGUUGGAGCUGCUAGUUCCAGAUGCUAUCCAAGACCAGGACUUACACCUAGAAGCGAUCCGAGAGAUGAGUGUGGCGCUCCGCGAUGCACUUCUUUACGUCUUGCGCCGUAUGAAGUAUCCUCACACUAUCUCUCUCAGCCCUGAUAGGACGUCCGAGCCAGCUGUGGCGAGCCCAACGUCCAUGCCCUUGGAUGUUGUGAAGCUGCAGGAGGACGAGUACGAAGAGCUUGAGGCGGCAGGCCCGAACUCUGCUUCCCUCAUGCUAUCUUUUGGGGAGGUUCGGCGUCGGGAGCGGCGGCUUCGUGCGCUGCGUCGGAAGCUGAACGAGCACGGCAUCCAGAUGGAUGGGUCUUCUUCGAACGACUGGAUGAGGACGCUGCCUUACGCUCGUCGUGGUCAGAGAUCUCGUCGAGAGGUAAAGGGCUAA